AUGACGACGGAAGUGGUGAGCGUCUUCGGCAACCUACUACCAGGGCUAGCGACGAACAUGAGAGAAACCUCGAAGCAGCCGAGAGAAAUGGACCGGGAGACCGAGAACGCACCGAACAAGCGACCCAAAGCGGCCCGGCGAGGACAGCGGGGAGGCCGGCGACAAAUUGCAGACGAGAACCUGAACUCGGUGGUGACGCUCCUGGCAAAUCUGUCGCUGCAGCAGGAGGACGCCCUGAACCGUCUACGCCUGGACACAUCCUUCACUUUCCACCUCCAGCAACAAGGCCCAGGAACCAUAUUGCUGCCGCUUUUCAAGGCGGGGCAGGAAUGGCAACAAAAACAGAAGAAAGGAGAGAACGUCCCCCCGAUGAGAAUCGUUGCGCUGGGCCUCCUGCUGAAAGAGGUCGUGGCAAGAGUACAACUGAUGGUGGGAGAUCCCACGGCCGUGGAGAAUGCGAUGAAGCAUCAGUGGCUAGACCAGCAGAAGCGCUUCGUGUAUCAGGAGUGGAACUCGGCCACCAAAAAGGUGGAGCCGUCGGCGACGGCCAAGAGCCUGAAGGUGGAAGAGGCGACGGAGCUCAUCAACCAGGUCGCCGAGCUGUGUCUUCCGGAUCUGGUCACCAGGUUCUGCGCCCAAAGGCGUCCCAAGCAAGAGCCCCAGGAAGGCGACAAAGCAGUGUUCCUCAUCGAAGUAGCCAUGAGAGACCCGAGAGCAGACAUCCUGCAUCAGAAACUGCGACAGUUGGCCAACUGCGCGGUUUGGAAUGUGGUGGGGGCGCAACUGCAGCCGCCAAACCAGCAACGCCACGGACUGGCAAUGGCACUGCAAAAGGAAGCGUACGGCCACCUGCUGGUGCCGGGGAGCCGCAUACCCGAUGCUUGGCAGAAGGCACUUGCCAAAACGCACUGGGAUGCAGCCAUGUUUCUCCGCAUGUACAUGCUAGGCUGGGCGCAGCCCAACAGACAGCAUGAUGUGAGUGAAUUCAUACAGUUCAUCAUCCCUAAGCUUGCUUGGACUGAUAGCCUCGUUCACUGGGAGGCGAGAGUUGCGGUUGAGGAGGGAUGCACAACUGAAAUCAGGGAGCCCGCUGCGCCAUUGCUGCUUCUGGCAGCACCUGGAGGUAUCCAAGACGGGGAGCUGGACACCCUCAUCCUUAGCUGGCACCUGCAGGCCCAACCGCAUGCGCUCUGCACAGCUCCGACUCACAUUUUCCUUGUUCUACCUAGAUAUACCACGACCAAUGGUGUCACGAGGAAGACCCGUGUGCCUCUUACAUUCAACAAUCGCUGUGUCCACCUGCCGAUCUUCCGAAGUGAAAGCAGCAUAGCGUGUGAUUGGCUUGCCUAUGACCUCAUUUCUAUCAUUGUGCAUCUGGGUGAAUCAGUUCUCACAGGACACUACAGAACCGUUGGCUUGAUACCGGGCAGGACAGAAGCCUGGUACAUGGACGACGGUGUCGCAUCGGAAAGGCUUGAAACCUUAAGUCCCGAAAUCCAGUCCAACUGUUAUGUGCUUGGCUGCAUCCGCAGGCCCCCUGCUGGGGAAAGCGGAUCGGCCUGA